GCCACGACAAACGCUCCUAUGCCCGUCAGCCAAUGAACGGAGUCGAGAGCUGAUCUCUGUGUCCGUAAUGGAUGGCUUCGAUUGUCACACGUGAACAAGUCACAAACGAGCCAAAUGGCGCAGGGCAGGCUCGCAGUCAAUCCGGCCGUUGAUUGGCUGUCCGAUGGUAAAGGUCAAUUUGGGACUUAUCUGACUGCAACAACUUGUGAAGUGAGAUAUCAACGGCGACAGAGUGUGAGAGACAGGUACUAGCUACUUGGAUUAAGAUGAACCGUUCUUCGGGGACUUCAAGUCGUAUUCUUGUGGACAUUCCGUGCAAGGUUUGUCAAGAUCAUUCAUCUGGAAAACACUAUGGAAUAUACGCGUGUGAUGGCUGUGCCGGCUUCUUUAAGCGUUCAAUACGAAGAAACCGACAGUAUAUAUGUAAGUCGCGGGGCCAGGGGCCGUGUCCGGUUGAUAAAACACACCGCAAUCAAUGCAGAGCUUGUAGGCUGAACAAAUGUGUGGAGACGGGAAUGAACAAAGAUGCUGUGCAGCACGAGAGAGGUCCUCGUAACUCGACGAUCCGACGCCAAGUGGCCAUGUACCUGAAGGAGACGAGCGAACUGGGCAACGUGCUCGCCAACACCCCAUACAGGUCGCCCUUCCUCCCGGCGUACGUCGGCUACGAGCAGAUCAACGACGGCAUCACCGUGUCCGCCGUCGACCCGACAGUCGUUUCGCCAUCCGGCGUCAUAAUGCAGCCAGUUCCAAAAUAUCCACAUGAAAUGGUGCAAGCCUACUUCAACAAUCCCGAAGCAAUCUGUGAAGCUGCAGCGAGGUUGCUUUUCAUGAGUGUCAAGUGGGCGAAGUCUGUCCCAGCAUUCCAGAGUCUUCCGUUCCGGGACCAGGUUUUGCUGUUGGAGGAGAGCUGGCGAGAGUUGUUCGUGCUAGGGACGGCGCAGUUUCAAAUUCCAGUAGAGGCAGGCCCAUUGCUAACUGCUGCUGGAUUGAACGCGGAGACCUCUCCGCCGGAGAAAGUCGUGUCGAUCAUGAACGAAAUCCGAGGUCUUCAGGACGUUAUAGCUAAGUUCAAAGCCAUGCAGGUGGACCCGACGGAAUACGCCUGUUUGAAGGGAAUAGUCCUCUUUAAAUCAGUAUUUCCUGCGGGAUCACAGGAAGUGAAGACACUACGAGAGUUCCACACGGUUGCCACGCUGCAGGACCAGGCCCAGCUGACGUUAAAUCACUACAUGCGCACUGCGUACCCGACACAGCCGUUCCGGUUCGGAAAACUGCUGCUUCUCCUUCCUUCACUGCGAUCCAUAUCGCCUGUCACGAUAGAGGAGGUUUUCUUCAGAAAGACGAUUGGUCAGAUACCCAUCGAACGCCUCCUGGUGGACAUGUUCAAAUCUAGUGACUUCUAAUGAGAUUUCAUAUGCGUCUCUUUUUUUCUCUCUUAUUCUUCUUCUUCUGACAAGCAAGAUUUCCAAAGAGCGCUUACUGGUGGACGUAUUUAAAUCUGGUGAUUUUUGCAGUUUUUUUUUUUUUUUGCAAAAAACAUGUGGCCACUUUUUUAUAAAGAACACUCUGAUAGACAUGUUCAAAUCUAGAAUCGCGUGCUUAUGAAAUGAUUUCUUUGGCUUCUCUUUUCCUUUGUUUUGUGCAAGAAACAAUUGGCCAAGUUUCCAUAGAGUGCCACCUAGUUCCAAUCUGGUGACUUUUGAUGAGAUUUGAUUCUGUUGGCGAGAGAUGUUACCACAAAGUAGUGCUGAACUGUGUGUGAUGCUGAAUAAUAUGACUCAUAAUAAUGUGUGUAAAAGACAUAUAACUAGAUCUACCUCAGAUGUAUGGAAGUGAAUAGUGUAUUGUAAGUCUGUUUGCGUGCUGGUGUGCUUCUGUCGCAAAACUGUAAAUGGGCAGGCUUUAAACAAAAUGGCUAAUUUUUGGUGCAAAUCCAGCCGUUCAUUGGUACUCUUUUUCCAAAGACAGUUGUUCUUAAAAUAGUUAAGUUUUAAUCAAAAAACGGUGAAUUUGGGUAAAGAAUUUUAUAUUUGUACGUUCGUACAUUCCAAAAUGCACCGUGCUUUUAAUGGGCUUUAAUCAAAAUGGUCAAUUUUAUUGAACGUAUUUGUGAAAUGGUACUUAGUACUGUUAAACAGUAGUUUGUGUGUGUAAAUAAUCAGACUUUAAUCUAUAUAGUGAAGUUGAAUAUAAAAGACUUGUUACUUUGGUACACUAUAAAAGUCAGUGUGGUACGAACUGUCGGAAUUUUAAACUGAAGCAUUUAAUUUGCAUAAAGAUAUGAAUAUUUCCUGGUCUCGUACACGCUAAACGUCACGGUCACAUAAUGUGGCGAGCUUCAGUUCGAACUGAAAUUAAGCGGGAAGCGUUUUGUUGUUUGGUACAUGCUAAACGAGAAUGUGACGUAAUUUGAUAGGAUUUAAUGAAUAUGGUGAAUUGGUGCGCGAACCUUUUUUUUUGUUUUAUACAUCAUCAGUAACAUUGCAGCCGUGUUUAUCGGAAGUCAUGCCGAAGUUGGUGUCCAGACUGUGGCAAGUGACGUUUUCUAGGGUUUCAUGCCUGGAAAAUAUAUUCAAAAAAGAAAACAAAAUGAAAACCCGCUUUGAGCAGGUGGGAUUUCGACCCCCGAAACCCAUCUACACAUGCAUCUGCAUUGGUAUGCGAAUUAACAGACAUUAUUGAAAACAGUAAGAGGGUGGGAAUGGGGACAAGGGCAUCUCUAUGUUCGUGUUUUUGUAAAGCUAAACGUCAAUGUGACGAUUCUGACAAACUCUAUUGUUGAAACAGUUUGCUCUGAAUGUGCAUGGAAAUCCCUAUGACUAUGACUAUGACUAUUGCAAGCUGGUACUCCCUAUAAAAAUAUUGAAUUUGAGUGAAAAUAAUGUUGAUGACCUCAAAAGGGUCACUAUGUUAGGACACUUUCAUAACAACAGAUCUUAGUUCCACUCCAACUUAAUUUCCGCCAGAAGAUCUGAUACAAGCCACGAACCUUUCGCGGGUAAUAUUUGACUUUCACAAUCUCAUAACUGAUCAAGUACGCCUGUUGUAGACACUGCCUCUGACUACAUCUUAAAGUUCUGUCCAGGACAGGAAUACGCCAUGUCGUUUCGUUUCAUUUCAUUUGAAUUUGAGUUUCGUGUUUUAACUCAAAUAAAGUUCAAGCAAUCUGUUCUGGUCACUCGCAUCAAUUAUUGAAGUUUGUCUGUCCAAAACAGUGAGAUAAUGGUUAAUCGCUGUAGGUUAGUAUUCAGGUUAUCUUGUAUCCAGAACAACCAUCUCGCCUGUUCAGCAAUACUGAUAUAGAUAUGUCGGCGGUGUAUUCAUUGGUCAAAGGAAAGGUCACGUGGACAUGCAAUGACACGUGCUUUGGUCAGAUCUUCUGACGGGGACCUAAAUUAGGAGUUGACGUCUGGUCUGGUACUUAUAAAACAUUUAGUUGACAAGUCAAGACUAAUAAAGUCUGAUACCUAAACUUCAUGGCAACGCCAUACAAAUUGCAUGCAUGUGACGUUAUUAAAGAUUUGAAUCGAGACGCUAAAAUGUUUUAUCAGCACGGGCUCUGAUUGCAUUUAAUUUGACUCUCUAUAGUGCUAAACCACAAAUAAGCCACAUGGGCUCUAAACAUUGUUCUGGUUGUUUACGUGAGAUUCCUCUAUUCAUUGAAAUUGUAUUUUCAUUAUUUAACUUGUUAAGGGUGACGGGUUUGUGCACUUUCCUAGAUGAAAACGAAAUAUUACAAUACUAGUACACAUAACAGGGACUUCAAGAAUGUCGCGGCAUGAGGAGGUAAAAAAAUAACACUGGAUGAGCUAUUCAAAAUGUUUGAAUUAUUAAGAUAUACACCUGAUAGUGAAGCUUUAACAUAUUUCUUUUUUAAACGGGAUAGAAUGACCGUCACCACAGAGGGUGCCAUCAUACACCUUUACACUUGUGAGAGAGAAACAUAACCUUUCUUGCACCUCCGUGUUGGGCACCGUGUCAUCUCCAACAUCUUGGAUUGCACACCCACAUGCUGAGUUCAAUAGACUGGCCCUCCACCGUGCUAUAUGAGCCCCGUAAGCGUGAUUCAAUAGCGGCGUAGUGGUCCGCUGGGUGUCGGUAAAGAGAAACCCGAUAUUUAUCCAGUAAUUCAAAUCCUGCGUGACCAUGACAAAAAGUCAACUUUUCCCUUUGAUAGUGUUCAAAGAUAGCUCUCCGUCGUGUUGGAAUCUUAAUACGUGGCUUUGACUUAUGUGUAAUGUUACCUAAAAUGCCUUAUCUGCUCUUGUCAAUACUUGCAAAUAGUAAAUGGAUAUAACGUUUCAUCAAAAUGUUUGCAAUGAGCUACGACUCUUCACUUCACCAAAUUCUAAGAGCAAACAUCUCCUAGUUCAUCAAGUGGGUAUUGUAUUUCGUCUUCUUAUGAUUAUUUCGCCUGCAAACAAAAGGAAAAGAAAAUUUUAAAAGGGGGGGGGGGGGACCUGAAAACCCGAAAUAAUGAAGUCCUAUCAUAAUUAAAUAGGCUACGUAGCAAGUAUCAAUAAUUAUCUAUAUAUUUUAUAAAAAUUAAAAUAAAUGAUGUUAAAGUUGCAUCAUUAUUAGUGGCGUACAUAAUUUCGUGACAUACGUAUUUUCAAGAUCUAAGUCAAGUUAAAGAAUAAAGAUGAUAUAUCUAGACCAUGUUAGUAUGUGAACGUAUCAUAUACUUCGCUGCAGUAAUCAUUAUUAGCGUACUAAGUUGUCACUAUUCAAUAUCAAAUAUAUGCAACGUUGACAUUUGAUAGCUCUUACAGUAUGUUUUGACGACGUCGUAAAUAACCAGAAGGAAAGGACCAAGAAAGCAGCCACGGUAAUGUUGCUGAGAUAUAUAAAUAGUAUCCCUGGAAGACACGUGUAUUUUUUAUUACAGUAAAUUCAUUAAGUAUUUAUAAGUUCAUAUUUUAUAUAUAUAUAUAUAUAUAUGACAUAGCUCUUAUAAUAAAUAGUUUUAAAUUACAGAUCAAACAGUAAUCAGUUUAAAAGUUUGGCGACAGUUUCUUCGUUUAUUUUACUAUAAUUCUGUUUGAGCGUUAAAGAAAAUAAUAUGUUUUUGUCAUCCCGAUAUUAUUAUUUCGAACCUUUACAGAUAAAGCGUGUAUUUAGUUUGCUGGCGACAUCAUUUAAAGAGCUAGUUUAAAUUUUUAAUUUUUUUUUUAAUGUUUUAAGCAUUCCUACAAUUAUAUUUUUAAUAUUCUUAUUUUGGGGGUUUUGGUGCGUUGUAGUAAGACUAGUAUUUUUUAAACUAUUAUCUGUCAUCAGAAAAGUGCUCAUUUUCCGAUCAUUAUUUGUUCGAGUAUAUUAUUCCCUUUAUAUCUAGUACUUUUGUUACAUUUUUGUUUGGUGCGAUGUUUACUUUUUUAUAUAUACCUUAAUAUUCUACAAAUGCGAUUUCAAGAAAAUUAAUAUGCUAUUUGGAACGCACGUAUUACGUUAACUAUUUCAUAUCACUUGUCUUGAACAUUUGAAUUUUUUUUUACUGUUAUAUAUUAAUUUAGCAUGCAAAAUAGGAAGUUUUUUUUAAUUAAUUAAACCGAGGGUAUUUUGGAGAGGUCUUUUGUGAUAAGUCUAGCUUCAUAACUUGAUUUGUCGUCACCAUAAAAAUCAAACCAAUUUCUAAAUAUAAAUUAAACUCUAAAGGCGACAACACACAAUACGAAUGUCUCGUACGAGAAAUAGCCACGAGAACAGUCGAUUGUGACAAGACAGACAUUACGAUUUCAUUGGUUGCUAUGCAAUCAGUUAUUCUCGUACGACGCACUUGUUUCGUGCGGCUUCGCCUUAAAUCUUCCCGUACAUUAUUUGUUUUGAAAAUCAAAUCGGGUUAAUGCUGGUUUUAAUUUCUUUAUGAUAUUGAAAGUUCAAGUUGUUGUUUCUUAUGAUUAUUUUAGCGAAGUGCUUUAGACCACUGUAUUUUUCAGUCAGUGGUUAUAACUGUUAUACCUGUGCUAUAUAUUUGUUAUGUAAUAAAAUUAGUAUAGAUUAUUGUGUACAUCACGUGUCAUUUCCGACAGAGGACAAGUUAUGUUUGUUUUUAGUUAUGAUUGUUAUGUUUUAAAGAAUUCUGCCCCCUCCCCCACUCCCUCGUUUUAAGCUUUAUGGUUUCAAGAUUUUCGCUUUUGUAUUUAAAUUAUAGAUAAUAGUUUUCAUUAAAAUUGAUUUCUUCAGAUUUUAUGAAUAAUAAUGACAUGCGCAUAAUGUUGCUAAAACGAGCAAUUAGCUAUCAUUUAAGUGUGUUGUUUUAAUUAAUUUCUUUUAAAAAUUUAACAUUUUACAUUAAAAAAGAAGAAGUUUAGAUUAUAAUAAUCUCGUUUAUUUAAUUUCAACGUUUUAUAUCCUAGGAUUUAUUAUUAUUAUUAUUAUUAUUAUUAUUAUUAUGUAAAAGACAAAUAAAAUUAAAUGGUUGUGAUUUUCAGUAUUACUAUUCACGAGAAAAUAAAAUAAUUUUUUCACAAAAUACAUAUGUACGAAAACAAUCCACUUAACAAUAGACCUAUCUUGUUAAACUGAACGCAACAUCUUGAGUUUUUAGCAUAACAAUAUAAGGUCGACUUCAUUAAUAUAUUUUCGUGCUGGCUUACACGAAGUACUUGCCUCUUAGCUGAAACGACACUUGAAUACAUCCAUCUGCAUGUGCAAUAUUAUUUGUUUUGAUUAUGUUACUCAUGUACAGAAAUAUUGUUGCUCAAAGCACAGUGUAAAAGAUUUAUGAAUUAUAUAUGUAAGUAACAGUAAAUAAAUGUCUAUCUAUU